AGGGCCCCUCCGCUCUAGGUGUAGUCCUGGGAGGAGCGCAGAUCUCAGCCGGGGGCAAUUGAGCAAGAUCCGCCCUCUUGGGACAGGGAGGCCUCGCCCCUUCGAUGUGGCGCUACGCUAACACACACAGUUCACUGCAUCAAUAAAAGCCAGGGCUGAGGUGUUUGUUUUGCUCUUUGCAGCUGUGGCUCAGUAUUGUGAGGAGUGAGAAUCCCGGCCGGGCGUCCCUUUCUGCUUGAUCUCUUUGCCCUCUCUGUGGCUUGCGAUGGCCCCGCCGGAGCUGUCCCACAAAGAGUUUGCCAACGCGGGCCAGAAGGCUGGGCUGCAGAUCUGGAGGGUAGAGAAGCUGGAACUGGUGCCCGUGCCGGAGCCCUUGCAUGGCAAUUUCUACGUGGGGGACGCCUAUCUGGUGCUGCACACUUUCAAACGGAGCAACGCCACCUUCUACAACCUCCACUACUGGCUAGGAAACGAAUGCUCUCAGGAUGAAAGCACUGCGGCAGCAAUCUUUACAGUUCAGAUGGAUGAUUUCCUUGGAGGAAAACCUGUCCAGCACCGAGAAAUCCAAGGAUAUGAGUCCACACAGUUUGUUGGGUAUUUCAAAGGUGGCAUUAAAUAUAAGGCAGGUGGAGUUGCCUCAGGUUUUAAACAUGUGAUCACAAAUGACUUAAGCGCACGGAGACUCCUACAUAUCAAAGGCCGGAGAGUGGUGAGAGCCACAGAAGUUCCUCUUAACUGGGACAGCUUCAACAAAGGAGAUUGCUUCAUUGUUGAUCUUGGAACAGAGAUCUACCAGUGGUGUGGCUCCACAUGCAACAAAUAUGAGCGCCUGAAAGCUACUCAGGUUGCUAUUGGUAUUCGGGACAAUGAACGGAAUGGAAGAGCCCAGCUGAUUGUUGUGGAAGAAGGAAGUGAGCCGAGAGAACUCCUAAAGGUUCUAGGGCGCAAACCGGAACUUUCUGAGGGCAAUGACAAUGAUGACGAGGCUGCUGAUGUUACCAACAGGAGAAUUGCAAAACUGUACAUGGUAUCAGACGCAAGUGGAUCUAUGAAGGUGUCCGUUGUGGCAGAAGAAAAUCCCUUCUCAAGGGCAAUGCUGUUGUCUGAAGAGUGUUUUAUACUAGAUCAUGGUGCCGCUAGAAAGAUAUUUGUAUGGAAAGGUAAGGAUGCUAAUCCAAGUGAGAGAAAAGCAGCCAUGAAAUCAGCUGAAGAAUUCAUACAGCAAAUGAAUUAUCCCGCCAACACCCAGAUUCAAGUUCUUCCAGAAGGAGGUGAAACGCCAAUCUUCAAACAGUUCUUUAGAGACUGGAAGGAUAAAGAUCAAAGUGAUGGCUUUGGAAAAGUGUAUGUUACAGAGAGGGUGGCAAGAAUAGAGCAGAUUGAAUUUGAUGCUACCAAGUUACACGAGUCUCCACAGAUGGCAGCCCAGCACAACAUGGUGGAUGAUGGGUCUGGGAAAGUGGAGAUCUGGCGUGUUGAAAGCAAUGGCAGAAUCCCUAUAGAGCCUCAAAGCUACGGGCAGUUUUAUGGUGGCGAUUGCUACAUCAUACUGUACACCUAUCCCAAAGGACAGAUAAUCUAUACAUGGCAAGGGGCUCAUGCAACUAGAGAUGAACUGACGACUUCAGCAUUCUUGACUGUUCAACUUGAUAGGUCACUCAAGGGACGGGCUGUCCAGAUCCGAGUCACUCAAGGCAAGGAACCCUCACACUUGCUGAGUUUGUUCAAAGAGAAGCCGCUCAUUGUUUACAAGGAUGGGACAUCCAAGAAAGGUGGGCAGGUGCCCGCUCCUCCGACACGUUUGUUCCAAAUCCGUAGAAAUCUGGCAAUCACCACCCGAAUUGUAGAGGUUGAUGUUGAUGCAACUUCGCUCAAUUCCAACGAUGUCUUUGUUUUGAAACUGCCAAAUAGCUCUGGAUAUACCUGGGUUGGUAAAGGAGCAAGUCGAGAAGAAGAAAAAGGGGCUCAGUAUGUAGCCAGUGUCCUGAAAUGCCAAACCUCAAGGGUUGAAGAAGGUCAGGAACCAGAGCAAUUUUGGAGUACCCUUGGUGGAAAGAAAAAAUACCAGACAUCUGCGCAGUUAUUGACUGAAUCAGAAGACCAUCCUCCUCGCCUCUAUGGCUGUUCUAAUAAGACUGGCAGGUUUAUUAUUGAAGAGGUUCCUGGAGAAUUCACUCAGGACGAUUUGGCUGAAGACGACGUCAUGUUGUUAGAUGCUUGGGAUCAGGUGUUUGUCUGGAUCGGUAAAGAUGCUAAUGAAAUGGAACGCACCGAAUCUGUUAAAUCAGCCAAACGCUACAUUGAGACCGAUCCUUCUGGGCGAGAUAAAGGGACUCCGCUUGUUAUUGUGAAUCAAGGGUAUGAACCCCCAACAUUCACAGGCUGGUUCUUGGGCUGGGAUUACAACAAAUGGAAAAACUGAACUGGCACAAGGAUUUCAACCACAGAAGAAUAGAAAUUGGAGCACAACCAUUCUCCGGCAGCUUUAAGCAAGUGCUUGAAAAUCAGUUGUGAUCUGUGUUCCAGUUGUGUGUUUAUAAUAUAAAGCACAGAGAGGGAGAGAGAAACAUUAGAAAUUAGAGCUUGCGUUUUAUAAGCAUGUCUGUUGCUGGAUGCUACUGAAAAUAGCUCUUCCCCAAAUGUAAGGAUUGUUGUGAAGGGGUAAAUCCUAUGCCUCUGUGCAGUCUUCCUGGCUACCAUUUAAAAUCCCAUCUCUCUCAAAUACAGAGUUAGUCCAAGUUUGACAAAGACCAACAGAACUCCCACAAUCUUAACGUUCUCUUUCACCUGCCGCUAGUUAUGCUAUUUUAGUGCUGGACUCUAUUGUGAAUAAUGAUGGGCAAACUCCACUCAACUCCAUUUGGAAUUAGAUCAGUAAUAAUGAGCUUUCUCAGUGAGUGUUGACAAAAAGCUGGUCUUUCCCCAAGAGUUCUCUAUCUCUACUGCCUCACAAUGUUGGCAGUGUCUUUCUACGUUCUGCUUUGUUGUUGUUGAAAAGCACCUAUAUUUCAGUCACUUCCAGCUGCCUCUGAAUUGAUCUGUUUUUCAUCCUACUUCUGGACACUAAUCACAGCCUCCAAUAGUGUCCACAGGCUAUUUUUUAAGGCUUCAGGGAACUGUCACUGAGCUACUAAGAAAAGACAUAGCUCAGGAGACUCCCAAGCCUUGAGAGCUGUGCAGUCCCUGAACUUGUCUGACCAAGAUGGGGAAACUUUCCUGACCCGAAUAAGCAGAAGCUUGAACAGAAUCUGUUUAUAUACUCUCUGUAAACCCUAGCUUAUGUGAAGAAGCUUGCCCAAGAGAGAAGCAUUCUAACUUUUUCACCACUAUUCAGAAUGAAGCACUGUGCAUCUGUUGCUGAAAGUACAGGUGCGUUCAGACAUAACACAAACCUACUUGCAUAGUCAGUAACCAACUUGUCUGUGACUGAACCCACGCCAAAGCAAGAAUCUGGGGUUCACUCAAGGCCUCACACUGAGAUGUGUAGCCAAGAUUUGAAGUUGGUUUGCCAAACCAAGGGCUGCUUGCCCUGAAGUGUGUGUUAUGUCUGAACCCACACUCUUCAUAAUCCUUUGGUCCAUUCCAGGCAACCCACCCCCUUUGCCAUCAGGACCAAUGGCUGUGAGGCAGUGAAGUAGGGAAGGCUUGCCGGUCCAAGGCAGACUAGGUCAGCAUCACGGGACUCACUGGGAGGUCCAGCCAGGGGAUGUACCUCUGGCUCAACUCAGCUACUUCCAACAAACCAAGAUAUGUGAUCAUCCGCAGCACCAGCUUCAGGUUCUCCAUAUCUCAGGCUGGGGAAUACCUCAGGUUCUUCGCCACGUGGGAAGCUGCCCUAUGUAUCUUUCCUAUCUGUGCCAAAACCUGUGGUCUUUACGCACAUUUCAACAAAGCCUAAUUGCACCAAGCUACCACUUUGGGUGUUCCACUCUUUUCAUUAGAUCAGAGAGUUUGAAAGGACCAUAUUAAAGUCAGUGCCCUGUCAAAGGUGGCACCAUCCACACUUGAGCAGACUCCUCAACCCACUCUCCAGAUCAAUCCGCAUAAUUGUAACAUGGAAAAAUGAAAAAAGUGCCUGCAAAAUUAGGAACAUAGGAAGCAGCCAUAUACUGAGUCAGACCAUUGGUUCAUCUAGCUCAGUAUUGUCUACACAGACUGGCAGUGGCUUCUCCAAGGUUGAAGGCAGGAAUCUCUCUCAGCCCUACCUUGGAGAUGCUAGGGAGGAAACUUGGAUCCUAGAUGCUCUUCCCAGAGUGGCUCCAUCCCCUAAGGAAUAUCUUACAGUGCUCACACUGCUAGUCUCCCAUUCAUAUGCAACCAGGGCAGACCCUGCUUAGCUAAGGGGACAAGUCAUGCUUGCUACCACAAGACCAGCUCUCCUCCAAAAUGGUUAUUUGUAGAUUACCCAGACAAUGUCAUAUCACAUGCAAAGACAUAUCACAUGGAAAGUGAGUAAAUCUCUCAAGGGUCUCAAACUAGUCUUCUUUAAGCAGCAGUGAACAGCCAUUGCUGAAACAAGCAUGGUAGAGCUUGACUCACUUCCUCUCUGAUUUCUCUCUACCCCAGCAAAUAGCAAUUACUAGGCAAUUUGGGUGUCUAUUUUGUUCUUGAGAAUGUAGGAAUUCGUUUCUAAAGUAGUGUGAAGCCACGGUAUCAAGUGGCUUGGGGGAAUGGAUGGGCACAGACAUUCCACAUCCUUCAGUAUGUCAACAGAUAUGCAUUACUAUUUGGAUACAAGUCUGGAUUUGUAUCCAGGUGAAUAUCCACAUUCUACAUAUAUAUGUGUGGUUCCUGGACCAGCAAGGAAACCAAAUGUAGAAGCCUGCUGGACAUGGCCAAAUAUGUGCUAAUUUGAAUUUUUAUAUAUAAUUUUUAUUAUUUGAGAGGGGGGUAUAAAUAAUAAACAUGACCCCACCACACACACACAAAAUUGAAAAUGGAUCACAAUGAAUGUGAAGUACCCACAAUGACUUAAUGGAUUUAUUAUUAUUAUUAAUUAAAAAUGUGAGUCACAUUUGUAGAUGGAUGAACCUUAUUCUGCUAAUAAUUAAUAAAUGCUUUUCAAAUCUGAA